AUGUCUGCUUCAUUGGUCAAUCGUUCUCUAACCAACAUCAGAACAGAAUUAGAUUUUCUAAAAGAGUCGAAUGUCAUCUCGAAUGACGUUUUUGAUCAGAUAAAUAAGAGCCUACCAUUGAAAUGGGAUCCCUCCAGUGCCCCUCGUGGUUCUAAUUCGGCUUCUUUGGAAUACGUAGAAGCCCUUUACCAGUUUGAUCCUCAACAAGAUGGCGAUUUGGGCUUGAAACAAGGUGACAAGGUCCAGCUCUUGGAAAAAUUAUCUCCAGAGUGGUAUAAAGGUAGCUGUAAUGGUCGCACCGGUAUUUUUCCCGCCAACUACGUCAAGCCAGUUUUCUCUGAUUCCGAUGCGCAACAACGCCUCCCACCACCUCCACAAUAUAAAGCUCAAGAAUUACAACAAAUCCCAACCCAGAAUAGUAAUGUGUCAUCCUAUCAACAACAACCAUUCCCCCCACCUUCCACUAACUACUACCAACAACCACCACAGCAGCUGCAACAACAGCCACAACAACCUCCUCCUCCUCAACAACAACAAAGCUCGUCAAAUAAUCAUUUAAAGAGCUUUGGUAGCAAGUUGGGUAACGCUGCCAUCUUUGGUGCAGGUGCUAGUAUCGGGUCGGAUAUCGUGAACAGUAUUUUUUAA